AAUUAAUGUGACGUAAGGUAAGCAACGGGACAACGCAUAAAACAACAUCGAGUAUCGAGCCGGACCCGUUGAGCAUACCAAUUAGGCUAGUUUUAUAAUGUGCUUGCUCCCUGCCCCCGGGAUGGCUAUCAGUGCAUUCAAGUGGACGACAUUAUUGGCUAGCCAAAAUCCGUGCUCCAUUCAAACACCAACAUCGAUCGCGUGCAGAAGAGCGGCCUAGAAAUGUGGUGCACAUUGAAAAGUCUUCUAGCGUGUGUUCUAUUGCUUGCAAUAGUGCAACAGCCAGUGUAUUGUGCAUACAAUCCGUACGAUUAUAAUUUGGAUUUGCAAAAGUUUGAAUACUUCAAAUAUCCUCCUUCCCGCGGUAACUUGCGACCGGUGAACGAUGCAAGUGUGGCAGAGAAGGCGAUCGCGGUGGUAAAGUACUUCCACAAUCUGCUGGCGGGUCAUCCGAUACAGGAGAGAAAUUACUACAUCCCGUUCGAUCCAAAUCGUGGCCGACAAAUGAGGGAAGCUUAUCAGCGGCAGUUUGGCUACCGAGGAGAAAAUCUCAUCGCGCUUGUAGGGAACGGUUACUCGCCAAAGGCUUUGCGGUAUUACGGUGCGAUAGGGAAACAUUUUGGCAAAUACUAAAUAAGAAGUCCUGUGAAUUUUAUUUAAGAAAUAAAGUAAUU